GUGCUACUCAACGCAGGUGCUGAUGUUAAUGCACAGGGCGGAGAGUAUGGAAAUGCACUGCAAGCAGCUUCACGAUGGGGCGACGAGCAGAUAGUCCAGGUGCUACUCAACGCAGGUGCUGAUGUUAAUGCACAGGGCGGAAAGUAUGGAAACGCACUACAAGCAGCUUCAGCUAGAGGCCACGAGCAGAUAGUCCAGGUGCUACUCAACGCAGGUGCUGAUGUUAAUGCACAGGGCGGAAAGUAUGGAAAUGCACUACAAGCAGCCUCAGCUAGAGGCCACGAGCAGACAGUCCAGAUGCUACUCGAUGCAGGCGCG